AUGGUAAAGGUAUUAGUAUUAGGAGCUUCAGGAUGCAUAGGAAACUCUGUAGCGCAAGCAUUUGCAAGGUCAGGUCAUGAAGUCUUUGGUUUAGUUCGUAAACGUGAAAAGAUUAAUAUGCUUGCUAAGAAUGAAAGUGAUGUUAAUUAUUUAACCACCUGGAUGCCUACAGCAGAACUAUGUGAUAUCAUAAUUGAUGCAACAUCAGAAUAUAAUGAACCUGUAAAACUUGUUAAUACCAUUCUGAAUUCUUGUAAUGAAAUUUCUAAAAAACGAGUUGAAGCCGGUGGUAAACAAACACCUCUUCACACAAAUCUAAAACUUGACUCAUGGCGUCCUGAAUGCGAAAGACAAAUCUUAAAUUCACCUCAUAUUAACGGUAUAAUAAUUCGUCCUGGUGCUGUAUAUGGUAAAAGUGGAUCCUUAACUGGUAUUUGGUUUAAAGCUGCUAUUGAAGGAAAAUUGGAAGGGAUCGGAAAUAGAGAUGUCCGAUGGUCUUUUGUUCAUGUUGACGAUUUAGCUGACUCAUAUGUGCAAGCAGCUGAACGCGCGGAAAUCGUUAAAGGACAAAUUUUUAAUAUUGUAAACAAUUCAACCGAAUCAAUGGGCGAUAUACUGACUGCGAUUGCACGGGUUACAGGAUUUAAAGGAGAAAUAAAAUUUCGUGAACCUACAACAGAUUUUGAGAUAGCAAUGACUCAUACAGACCUUUUUACAAAUCGUAAAUCACAGACAUUACUUGGAUGGCAUCAGAAAAAAUUAGGAUUUGUUGACGGAAUUGAAAUAUGGUGGAAUAGUUUUAAAGGCUGGAAUGAAUUAUGA